AUGUCUGGCAGCAACAAUGGUUUCACUGGAGGUAUCUAUACCAACCGCCGUUGUCUAGACGAAGUCCUCUUUGCUACCUUCAUCGGAUUGUCUUGGUAUAAUGCGGUAGAGCUCGUGGUGCUCUGUUUCACAAGAUUCAAACGGUGGAAGGGCACAUACUUCUGGAGCCUGCUUGUCGCAUCCGCCGGUAUUAUCCCAUACGGCCUCGGCUUAUUCCUAAAGUUCUUCAACAUUGUCCGCCAUAAUUAUCUCGGAACACACACACUGGUGACCAUCGGUUGGUGUUGCAUGGUGACUGGCCAGUCAAUGGUCCUGUGGUCACGACUCCAUCUGAUUGUGUGGAAUCAACGAGUCCUACGUGGCAUCCUCUAUCUCAUCAUCUUUGACGCCAUUAUAUUCCAUAUACCAACAGCGGUGGUUGCAUUCGGCACUAACGCGCCAACCCAUCCUGCCCCUUUCGUCAAAGGAUACAAUAUUCUCGAACGAGUACAAUUAAUCGGAUUUUGUAUCCAAGAGACAUUGCUAUCCGCGAUCUAUAUUUGGGGUACGUUGAAGUUCUUAAGGAGUACUGAUGAGACCCGUUAUCGGUAUAUAUUAUAUGAACUUCUACUCAUUAGCGUGAUUAUCAUUUUUCUUGAUGGCUCUUUGGUUGGCACGCAAUAUGCCGGCCUAUAUUCUGUGCAAACAACAUUCAAGGCACUGGUCUACAGCAUCAAGCUGAAGCUUGAAUGGGCUAUCCUUAGGAAGUUAAUCAAGGCUGUCAAGGUGGGUCUUCCACCAGAGCGACAUUCAAUAGAGCAUCCCAAACCAGACAGCCAAACGCCGGAGAAAUCGGAAACAGAGCGAUGCAGUGCAGAUCCAUACAUGUGCACAGGCGCUCGUCUAAGCAUACAGGGGCCUUCACCAGAGCUUCCAGCAGAGCCCUCAAGGGUCCUCACUACAACCACCCAAGUCUUGGCUCAAGACCUCCGGAGGGUUGGACAAAGCUCCCAUCAGGAACCAUACAGUGAGGCUUCAGUGUUGAUCAAACCUACGAAAACAUACGAGGAAUGA